AUGGCCCCAGAUGAUAGAGGAAUGAAGAGCGGUGGAGGGAGAAAUGGUGGAGGAGGCAAGCAGGCGCUAAAGAAAGGGCCAUGGACAACAACAGAGGAUGGGAUUUUAAUGGACUACGUGAAGAAACAUGGAGAAGGGAAUUGGAACGCUGUUCAAAGGAAUUCAGGAUUGAUGAGAUGUGGAAAAAGUUGUAGGUUAAGAUGGGCUAAUCAUCUUAGACCUCAUCUUAAGAAAGGUGCAUUUUCUCUUGAGGAGGAAAGAAUUAUUAUAGAUCUUCAUGCUAAACUUGGCAACAAAUGGGCUCGCAUGGCUGCUCAGCUACCUGGAAGGACAGACAAUGAGAUCAAAAAUUAUUGGAACACAAGGCUUAAGAGAAGACAAAGAGCUGGUUUGCCUAUAUACCCUCAAGAAUUACAAUCACAAAACCAACAAGAAAACAAUAAACCCCAAAGCCUUAUUUCUUCACCAUUUGAUCCCCAAAGGGCAACUUAUAACAAUCCUCCCCCUCUUUCCCUUUUGAAUGUCUUCAAUCCUUCAACCAUGAAACCCCCUUUUACACAUCAAUUCCCCCUUAAUUGUAACAACAUUUUUCGCGAUCCUCCUAAAGGCCUUUCCUUGACAUCACCGUCAUCUAUGAGAAAUUCACCUUUUUUGUCAGCUUCAGCAUCUAUGCCUAACAACAAUUUUGGUCAUGCCUUAUCCAAUUUAGUGUCAGUGCCAUCAUUUCAACAGAACUAUCCGAAUUUUAGCUUAACAACAAGGCCUUUCAUGGGAAUUCCUUCGAAUCAAAAUGAAUUAAUCUCCGGUAUGGAUAUUAAUUCUAUUAAUUACCCAUCAGGGCAAUCAUUAAUGACUGCAUCAUCUUCUGAGAAUACAUGCAGUGAUUUUGGUUCAAGCGAUGUUAAUAAUUAUGCAAAUGUUGUUGGAUUAUCGCGAGGAAAUAGUGGAUUAUUAGAAGAUUUGUUGGAGGAGUCUCAGGUUGUAACUCGACCUACGAAAAUUGAAGAGAAUAAUCGUCUUGAUUUAAAUGAAAAAGGAAAAUUAUUGUUGGAAGAUUAUGGCUUAGAGGAAAAAGAGGGAGAUCAUCAAGAUGAAGCCAUUUUAACUGAAGAAUCAGUCUACAGCUUUGCUCAUGGUGGUGAUAUCACCCUGAAUAACAACUCUGAAAGCUCCAGUCCCCAUCCCAAUGCAUCUUCAGGGAUAUUCUUGAGAAAGGAAGGUUCAUUACAAGGAAUUAAUCAAGUGGAUGAGGAGCUAAUGUGCUUUUUUGAUUUUCCUCUAGAUCAGGAUGAACAAGUUCCAAAUUGGUAUGAGGAAAGUGAUGACAAAAAAAAUAAUUCAAAAAUUGGUGCUGAUGAUCACAAAGCUGAAAGUCUAGCUGAGGAUUCUUCCAAAUCACAAGUGGUAAUAACAACAACAUCAGGGCCAAAGAAGCAUGAUUGGGAACUUGGAGGGUGUUGUUGGAACAACAUGCCUUCUUUUUUGUUAGAAUAA